CCGCCGGGCGCGGGGGGAUAAGCGGCGGUGGCCGGGCGGCCGCGCCCUCCACCAUGAACCUGCACCAGGUGCUGACGGGCGCCGUGAACCCCGGGGACAGCUGCUUCUCCGUGGGCAGCCUGCACGACCAGCCCUUCACGGCAUACGCAUCAGGAUGUGAUAUUGUGGUACUGGGCACUGACUUUGAAAGAUUACAGAUAAUCCCUGGAGCAAAACAUGGAAACAUUCAAGUAGGAUGUGUGGACUGUUCAAUGCAACAGGGGAAGAUUGCAGCUUCUUAUGGAAAAGUGAUUUGUAUCUUUGAGCCAGUUAGCAUCUUGAAGCAGAACAGCAGUCAUCAUAAUGUGUUACAUUACCAGUGGCAGAAGAAUGCUCAAAUCUCCCUGGAAGCCAUAGCACAUAAUCUGACAUGGGAUCCCACAGGUACUCGCCUUCUGACUGGUUCCAAUUGUCUUCAACUUUGGUCCAAUGUUCCUUUGGAAAACCCUGCUGACAGUGACAGUACUGAAAGAGCAGAUGUUGGACUUGGGGAGUGGAGAUGUAUCUGGCAAUGCAAAACUGCUUCUCAAGUUUGUUUAAUGAAAUUCUCACCAGAUGGGGAGUUUUUUGCUACUGCUGGAAAGGAUGACUGUCUUGUGAAAGUAUGGUACAAUGCAGAGAACUGGCGGUCAGCUGUAACACCACCUGGUGCGAGUCCAGAAAGCCAAGCAAAAGAGCUUGAUUUUUCAUUUGUUUAUUUGGCUCAUCCUCGAUCAGUCAAUGCAUUUUCAUGGAGAAAGACCAGUAAAUUCAUGCCACGCGGUGCUGUCUGCAAUGUACUCCUGACUUGCUGUAAGGAUAAUGUUUGUCGUCUCUGGGCAGAGACUUUGCUACCCAAUGACAGUCUGUUGUACGGGGGAGGAUACAGCAACCAGAGUGAAGCAGCAAACUUCACAAAUAACUUCAAGAGAAAUAUUUCAAGUAAAGAAAAAGUGCAGAGUGCGCUAGAGUUAAACUUGAGGCACUUCCGACGAGGAAGGAGGAGAUCAGGUGCUGUUGUAGCACAUACUGGAUAUGCUCUGCAUCAACAAGAUCCUCAUGAAGCUCACAGGAACGUUCCUCCUCAUGCAAAUGCCCUUUGCCACUUCCACAUUGCUGCCAGUAUCAAUCCAGCCACAGAUAUUCCUCUACUGCCUUCUAUCACAUCUCUAAGUCUUGGUGAAAAUGAAGAAAAAAGUGGACCUUUCGUUGUACACUGGCUAAACAACAAAGAACUUCAUUUUACCUUAUCUAUGGAAGUGUUUUUGCAACAACUUAAAAGGAGUUUUGAACAUCAUUCUCCUGAGACUAAUACUGAGGAUUCUAAUCAAAUGGAUGGCAGAUCAGAAGAAGAAGCUGAUGAAAAUGGAGACGAACAAAAAGGAAACCAAGAGAAGAAGGAACUGGGUGAUGAGAAAACUUCUCCAUAUUCAAGCCUUGUUCCUUUAUCUUCUGCUGUUUUUGAUCAUGAAGUUGAAGUUUUGCUUUCUGAAUGGAGUAAAAAUGCUGACAUGCUCUUCAGUAUACAUCCUAUGGAUGGCUCCCUGCUGGUGUGGCACGUGGACUGGCUAGAUGAAUACCAGCCUGGCAUGUUUCGCCAGGUGCAGGUGUCAUUUGUCUCAAGAAUUCCUGUUGCAUUUCCAACGGGUGAUGCAAACUCUCUUUGCAGAAGUAUAGUGAUGUAUGCUUGUACCAAAAAUGUUGACUUAGCUAUCCAACAAGGCAAACAAAAGCCUCCCGGCCUUACAAGAUCAUCAUCUAUGCUUUUCUCUUCUGGACAGAGUAAAUCAACCAACAGCUUAAAACUAAGUAUUUUCACACCUAAUGUUAUGAUGAUUUCCAAACAUGCAGAUGGGUCACUGAACCAGUGGCUAGUGAGUUUUGCUGAAGAAUCUGCCUUUUCAACUGUACUCAGUAUUUCACACAAAUCCCGAUAUUGUGGUCACCGUUUUCAUCUUAACGACUUGGCUUGCCACUCAGUGUUACCAUUGCUGCUUACAACCUCACAUCACAAUGCUCUAAUUUCACCAGAUGUUGAGAAAGCAAUACAGGCGAAUGAUUCUUUUAAGUCUCAGGAGUCACCAGUAAGACCUCAGAGUAGAGGCAAUGCAAAUGUGGCAUCCCAGGAUCCCAACGCUGUUUACAGUGAACUUAUUCUUUGGAGAGUAGAUCCUGUUGGGCCUUUGUCCUUUUCUGGUGGAGUUUCUGAGCUUGCUCGGAUCAAUUCUCUUCAUGUUUCAGCUUUUUCUAAUGUUGCAUGGCUGCCCACACUUAUACCCAGCUAUUGCCUUGGUGCAUACUGUAAUUCUCCAAGUGCCUGCUUUGUGGCUAGUGAUGGACAGUAUUUAAGAUUAUAUCAAGCUGUAAUAGAUGCUAAGAAACUUCUAUGUGAGCUCUCCAAUCCAGAAAUUUCUAAAUAUGUUGGUGAAGUUUUUAACAUCAUAAGCCAGCAAUCUACAGCUCGCCCAGGAUGUAUCAUUGAACUGGAUGCCAUCACAGAACUUCAUGGGCGGAAAACACAGUUAUUCCAUGUUUUUCAAGAAGACUUUAUUUUAAAUAACCAGGAGAAGGAAAUGCCUUCAAAGAAGAACAGUUUAUCAGACUCUGGAAACCAGCAGAAUGGAUUCUCUGAAAAAUUCUACUUAAUAGUGAUAGAGUAUACACAAAACCAUUCAUUACUACAUAUGUGGCAUUUACAUUUGAAGGCAAUUCCUGUCUCGAUAGAUGAAAAGAUAGGUUUAAAUCCACCUGAAGAAGCAACACAAACAGAAGAAUCAUAUUCUUCACCAGAUCCGGAGAAGAUCCAAUCACCUUUCACUCAAAAGUAUCAGGCCUGUAGAGCAAACCUUCAGAGCACCAGCUGGCUUACUCUGUCUUCCAAAAUGGUGUAUAGUCAAGAGCUGAAUAUGCCAGAAGGAGUAGAAAUAAUAAGUGUUAAGCCAUCAGCAGGACACCUCAGUUCUUCUUCUAUAUAUCCUGUUUGUCGUGCACCUUAUCUGCUGGCUACUUCCUGCUCUGAUGGAAAAGUUCGAUUCUGGAGAUGCAGGGUUGUCACUGAAUCAUCAUCUUCUUCCAUACCACAAUAUGACACAGACAGUGAUGUUAAAUAUGUAUGGGAAGAAUGGCCAUUACUGAUUGAGGGUGGACUUCCUGGCAGUAGUGCUAUUAAUGUUCCAGGGAGGCCAACAGAUGUCAGCUGUGCACACACGAACAGAUUAGCAGUAGCAUACAAGCAGGCAGCAUCUAGAGAUAGCCACCUUUCUCAAGAUUUUGUGAUGCAUGUUAGUAUUUUUGAAUGUGAAUCUACAGGGGGUUCUUCUUGGAUUUUAGAACAGACACUUAAUUUAGAUGAGAUAGGCACUAUGUUGGACUCAGGUGUUAGUGUUGAUAGUGUUGAUUUAGCAUCUGAUAACCAACAAGAUACUUCUUUGUCUCACGGUGGGAGUAUUAUACCCAACAGUAAACACUUGGUACACUUAGAUUGGAUGUCUAGGGAAGAUGGUUCACAUAUUCUGACAGUGGGGAUUGGAUCAAAACUUUAUAUGUUUGGUCAGCUGUCUGGGAAGAGGCAAGAACAAAAUGGUAAUGAGAUUGUAGCAAUUUCCCAGAGUGUCAGUCCUAAGGCUGAAACCCUUUCUGGGUUUGUUUUGCUGCGUUGUGUUGACUUGGUUUCAUCUGUAGAAGGGUCACCUCCUUUUCCUGUAUCCUUGUCUUGGGUGCGUGAUGGCAUUCUGGUAGUUGGAAUGGAUUGUGAAAUGCAUGUUUAUUCCCAGUGGCAAUCUCCUUCUAAGCAGGAACUAGUUAGUACAGAUUCCUGCAGUGGAAGUAUGUCGUGCAUAACUGGCUUAAUGAAACAAAGCCAGUCAACUGCCUCAGGUCUGCAUCCACCAAAGAGAACCUUGACCAGAUCUAUGACCAGCCUUGCACAGAAACUUAGUGGGAAAAGGUCUGCCUCUGAUCUGUCUAUGGAAAUGGAAGAUUCUGGUCUUUUUGAAGCAGCUCAUACAUUAUCUCCAACUUUACCUCAGUACCACCCAUAUCAGCUGUUGGAGCUCAUGGAUCUUGGUAAAGUACGCAGAGCAAAAGCCAUUCUGUCCCAUUUGGUGAAGUGCAUUGCUGGAGAGGUUGUUGCUAUAAAUGAGUCUGAGCCUAAUCACGACAAGAGGCUCAGAUCUCUGACGAUCAGCGCUAGUGGAAGUACUGCAAGAGAUCCCAAAAUGUUCAGCAAAACAGAGACUACAGACUAUAUAGAAAUAGACUCUGUUCCACCAUUGCCUCUGUAUGCUCUGCUUGCUGCAGAUGAUGAUUCAUCUUAUUCCUGUUCAGAGAAGUCCAAUAAUCAGAGCAGUCAAAAUAAAAAGGAUGUGCCCAAUGACAGUUACGAAAAUCUCUUCCAAAAUACUGUUAUAAGUACCGAUGACCUUCUCCCAUUUGAGGCAGAUGAAGACAGUUCAAAACCAACAGUCAUUGAUCUUUCUCAAUACAGCCCAACUUACUUUGGACCAGAACAUGCUCAGGUUCUUUCUCGUCACUUACUUCAUUCAAGCUUGCCAGGUCUGACUAGAAUGGAGCAAAUGUCAUUGAUGGCCUUGGCAGAUACCAUUGCUACUACCAGUACUGACAUUGGAGAAAGCAGAGACAGAAGUCAGGGUGGAGAAACUCUUGAUGAGUGUGGUUUAAAAUUUUUAUUGGCUGUCCGGCUUCAUACCUUUCUGACAACUGCACUUCCUCCUGUGCAUCGAGCCCAGCUGCUUCACCAAGGCUUAUCUAGUAGUCACUUUGCCUGGGCAUUCCAUUCCGUAGCAGAGGAAGAACUCCUGAGUAUGCUUCCUGCAGUACAGAAAGGAGAUCCAACAUGGUCAGAGCUCAGAGCUAUGGGUGUGGGAUGGUGGGUUCGAAACAUCCAUAGCCUGCGGAAAUGCAUAGAGAAGGUGGCUAAAGCAGCUUUCCAGCGGAACAACGAUCCACUUGAUGCUGCCAUUUUUUACCUUGCAAUGAAGAAGAAAGCUGUUAUUUGGGGAUUAUACAGGUCCCAGAAAGAUACUAAAAUGACACAGUUUUUUGGAAACAACUUUACUGAGGACAGAUGGCGUAAAGCAGCAUUAAAGAAUGCUUUUUCUUUGCUUGGCAAACAGCGUUUUGAACAUUCGGCAGCAUUUUUCUUGUUGGCAGGACACUUAAGAGAUGCAGUGGAGGUCUGCCUUGAAAGGCUGCAUGACAUUCAACUGGCUCUUGUAAUAUCAAGACUUUAUGAAUCGGAGUUUGAAGUGUCUAGUACUUACAAAUCUGUACUACAGAAGAGAGUUUUGGGAAGUGUAUCUACUGGAAAAGAGAGCUCAGGAAACAUACACUGUGACCCUUUCUUGCGAAGUAUGGCAUACUGGAUUUUGGAAGAUUAUAGCAAGGCUCUUGACACUUUGAUUAAACAUUCUGUUGAAGAUGAAGGAGAUGGAGGUGGCUCAUCAAGUUGCAACCCUGCAGUGUUUAACUUCUAUAACUACCUAAGAACACAUCCUCUCUUGCUGAGACGUCAUUUUGGCUCUUCUGAUGCAUCUUCCACACACAUUUGCCUAACAGUAGAAAAUGGGUUAGCUGACAAAAUCAACCUAGGUGAAAGACGGCUAUUUUUUACCACUGCAUAUGCUCAUCUAAAAGCUGGUUGUCCUAUGUUGGCCUUAGAAGUUUUAUCAAAGAUGCCCAAAGUUGUCAAGCAUUCAAAGUCAUUCUGUAAAUCCCCUAGUUUAGUGGAUACUGGUAAAGAUUUCUCACCAUAUUCUCCGGUUAAUGAGUUUGAAACAAAAGAUCAAGCUUCCAGUAUUGAUUGGUCACAGCCAGUAUUCAAUGGCCUAGGUUCAUCUUCGGAUUGUUCAUCAGAAAAACAUUCAAGUUCCACUCUUUCCUUUGAUUGGAGCCAGCCAAGUGCUCUAUUCCAAGAUGAACAAUUGCAACUACAAUCAGACAGUGAUGAAAAUGAUGAGAGUGAAGAUUCUUCCCUGGUGAUGAAAGAGCUAAAACCUCUGAAGAAAACUGAAAAGUUACAUGAAACGAGUUCUAACUACACAGAAUCUUUUAGUGUAGUUGAUGAAAAAGAUAUUCUAAGUCCAUCAGAAGAUAUCAUUUCAGCACAGCUGAAGUUUAGAGCAUGCCUGAAAAUCCUUACUGUGGAGCUUCGCACACUGUCCACUGGCUAUGAAGUAGAUGGUGGAAAGCUGCGGUAUCAGCUUUACCAAUGGCUUGAGAGGGAAGUGGUAGCUCUUCAGAAGACCUGUGAUUAUGGUGUUGAAGUGGAAGAGAUACAGUCAGGAGUUAGAGGGAUGCCAGACGAAGCUACAUUACAUGAAGACACUGAAGACUUAGCUGACCAGGAAAAAACCAUGCUACAGAAGGAAGACUUUCAGAAAAGACGUCAGUGGCUUCUGAAAUAUCAGUCUCUCCUCAGAAUGUUCCUUAGUUACUGUAUACUUCAUGGUUCACAUGGUGGAGGCUUGGCAUCUGUCAGAAUGGAAUUAAUUCUGCUGUUGCAAGAGUCUCAACAGGAGCAGUCAGUACAGACACCUUCCAGCCCUCCACCAGAGCAGAGCUCCAUACCUCUCCUAUUUGCUUGCACGGCUAGUGCCAAAACAGUGGUGGCUAAUCCAUUGCUACAUCUUGGCAACUUAACUCAUGAUAUAUUACAUGCUAUAAUAAACCUUGAUUCGCCACCUCAUCCAGAUACUCAGAACAGCAAGAUAUAUGUAAUGCAUACCUUAGCAGCAUCGCUCUCUGCCUGCAUCUACCAAUGUCUCUGUGAUGGCCACAGCUACAGCUCAUUUCAGGCAAAUCAGUUCACUGGGACAGUGUAUCAGACAGUCCUGUUAACUCAGCGUCAUUCUUUAAGAACAGCAAGCUCAGAAGAAACAGUGACUCCCAACACAUCACCUGCUCAGUGGCCAGGAAUGACGGCUCUGAUACGUCUCUUGAAUUCUGCUGGCGAGGAAGCCCAGCCAGGUCUCACAGUUCUACUUUGUGAAAUUCUAACUGCUGUCUAUCUCAGCCUGUUCAUCCAUGGCCUUGCAACACAUUCUAGCAAUGAGUUGUAUAGAAUUAUGGCUCAUCCACUUAACAGUAAAAUGUGGUCUGCUAUCUUUGGAGGAGGAGCUCAGACGCCCAGCAGAGGACAGCAGCAAUUAAAGACAAAAACUGGUAGGCACUUCCCAAUGCCUAGCCCACAUCAGGUAGUAGUGUUCUCCAUGGAAUGCGUGGGGUUUUCCAAAUCCCUUACUUCCUUCAGUACUCAUAGUCCUACCAAACCUUCAGAUGAUGGAGAGAAACAGCAAAGACAUUACAGGCUUUCAUCAAAAACUUCUCCAAAAGAAUGUUCUCAGUUGCCUGCAUUGCCAUUAGUAGACCAACAACCAUCGUCUUACAAAGAAAGAUUUAUCCCUCCUGAGCUUAGCAUCUGGGAUUAUUUCAUUGCAAAGCCAUUUCUUCCAUCGCAAAGUAGAGUGGAAUAUGAUUCAGAAGAGAGUCAGGAAAGUGAUGAAGAUGAAGACAAUGAUGAAGAUAUGUUUGCAUCAAAUUCACAUAACCAAGAACAUUCUAAUUCAAAUUCUUACAGUUGGUCACUGAUGAGAUUGGCAAUGGUUCAGCUGGUACUUCACAAUUUGAAGAUUUUCUACCCUUUGGCUGGACAUGAUCUUUCAGAGCUUCCAGUUAGCUCCCCGAUAUGCCAUGCAGUUUUGAAAACUCUGCAGCGCUGGGAACAAGUUCUUCUCCGACGUCUUGAGCUGUAUGGAGGUCCACCUCAACAUUAUAUUUCAGUUCAUGCUUCUGAAGAUGCCCUUGCUGCUGGUCCUGCAUUGCUUCGCCACAAAACUUUACUCGAACCUACAAACACUCCUUUCAGAUCUAACAGUCAUGUAGCGCUGUCUGUGAAGAGGCUCUGGCAAUACUUGGUCAAACAGGAAGAAGUCCAGGAAACUUUUAUCAGAAAUAUUUUUACAAAGAAGCGAUGCAUAAAUGAGUCAUUAGAGGAGCACAAUGAAACCGUGAAAAACUCUGUGGUGGAGGAGCCUGCCAUCAAUAAGGUAGAAACAGAUUUGGGAUACCCUGGUGGCAAGGCAAGAAUAAUCCAUAAAGAGUCAGACAUCAUUACUGCUUUUGCAGUCAAUAAGGCAAAUCGGAACUGCAUUGCAAUAGCAUCAAGUCAUGAUAUUCAAGAAUUGGAUGUUUCUGCAAUUUUAGCUACGCAAAUCUAUACCUGGGUUGAUGAUGAUAUGGAAAUAGAAAAUAAAGGGGCUGAUGAUUUCCUAGUUAUACAUGCUCGUGAUGAUCUGGUAAAUGUUCAGGGAAGCACUCCUUAUACUCAUAGUAAUCCUGGCACACCUAUCAAUAUGCCUUGGCUUGGUAGUACACAGACUGGCAGGGGUGCAUCUGUGGAAUAUUCCAAUAAAUUUAAUGGAAUCAGAAAGGAAUUGGCAAGAAAAGAGAUGCUCAAGAAAGCUAUUAAUAAUGUCAGAAGAAUGGCUUCUCAUCCAACACUGCCAUAUUACCUGACAGGUGCUCAAGAUGGAAGUGUAAGAAUGUUUGAAUGGGGUCAUGCGCAGCAAAUCACAUGUUUUCGAUCUGGUGGCAACUCAAGGGUGACUCGAAUGCGGUUCAAUUAUCAAGGAAAUAAGUUUGGAAUUGUUGAUGCUGAUGGAUAUAUCAGUUUAUAUCAGACAAAUUGGAAAUGUUGUCCACUUACUGGAACUUCACCUAAACCGUAUUUGACAUGGCAGUGUCAUAGCAAAACAGCCAAUGACUUUGUUUUCAUCAGUUCAUCAUCUCUGAUAGCUACAGCAGGAUUUUCUUCUGACAACAGAAAUAUUUGUCUUUGGGAUACUCUGGUUUCUCCUACAAACAGCUUGGUGCACGCUUUUAUCUGUCAUGAUAGCGGAGCAACUGUGCUCGCCUAUGCUCCAAAACACCAGCUGUUGAUAUCUGGAGGCAGAAAAGGCUUUACCUGUGUAAUUGAUCUUCGCCUAAAGCAGCAGCAACAGUUACUUCAGAGUCAUGAUUCUCCAGUCAAAGCAAUUGCUGUUGAUCCUACAGAGGAGUAUUUUGUCACAGGGUCUGCUGAAGGCAACAUAAAGGUAUGGAGUCUGUCUACAUUUAAUCUUCUUCACACUUUCAUCAAUGAGCAUGCUCGACAGUCUCUCUUCAGAAACAUUGGGACAGGAGUCAUGCAAAUUGAAACAGGACCAGCAAAUCACAUAUUCUCCUGUGGUGCUGAUGGAACAGUAAAGAUGAGAAUCUUGCCUGAUAGGUUCAGCCCUUUAAAGGAUGUGUUAAAAAAUGAUGUGAAGUUUAUGAUCUAAUGUUUUUCUCGGAAUAGUGAAUAACAUUCCCCUUCUGCCAUCCUUGAAAAUAUUUUUCGUGAAACUAACCAACAAAGCAGAUGCACAAUGAUAGCUUGUGACACAAAGAUGUUUUGGGGAUUUUUCUUUUUCCCUUUCUGCCCCCAACCCCCUAUUUAUUAAUUGCCUGGAGCUUCUAGUCCCUGGUGCACUAAUGCCUUAAAGAUGAAAAGGUCCUUCAGAUUUUGACCAUUGCCUAAAAUAAAAGCUAAAUAUUACUCCAAAGUACGUAGUUAUAUUAUAUAAAGAUGUUACUGAAGUGGUUUACUCUUCCUUUUGAGGUAGUUACACUCUCACCUGAAGUGUGCCGUCUGGGCAUGACCGCUGCAUAUAUCCAACACCUUUUCACCUUGUAAAAGCUUGUCUGUCCUGAUGGAAACCUUAGGUGAUGUUCUUUUCACUGUGGCAACCAUAACUGUUUCUCUUCUUAAUAUUUGUAGUCAGUCGACAAUAAAUAUUUAUGCCUAUGUGCAGAAGAGAAACAGAGUCUCCAGGAGUGAAUACUCCUGGUCAUGCAGGCAUUCAUAUAACAAGCCACAUUCUCUCUCCAUUCCUGAAAUCCAGGCUGUUUACCUCUCUAAUUUGCCUGAUCUCCUUCCUCUCAUCUAGAGUAUAAGAAACUGAAGGAUGUUCUGUAACUUGUCUUCUGUUCUAUAGCUUGAAUCACUGCCAUCAGGAUGGCAGGCUGACCUUUUAAAAGCAAAUAUAUUUUUAACCCUGAACACUCCCUUUACAGAAAAUAAAAUGUAAGUGUGAAUGGAUACCUUCCUAGUAAAAUAGUCAAGACUGUGUGAAGCCUUAGACUUGAUCAAAAAGAUACAGGAAGAUACUGCUUUAGGAAAUGGCGCUAGAAUUUCUUCAGAGACUAUUUAUUUAUAUGUCUGUAGAGGAAAUAAAAGAAAAACCCAACCUAAUUUAUUUUUACAUUUUUUUUCCAGUAAAACUUUUAUUUAGCCCAAAGAUAAUCCAUUCUUAGCACUUACAUUCUCGUUUGUCUGUUUUUUCCAAGUACUUUAAAAAAAGGAAAAAGGAAAAAGUAGUUCAACAGCAAAGUACUUCUACACUGUCAGUCUUUCGUUCUUGAUCUACUUGUUUUUGUUUACAUCUGGUGUCAGAUGAAAGAAAACAAACUGAGAAGGAUAGAUGUAGAGGGUUUUUUUUUUUGCCAAAAUAUUAAACUGCAUAACUUAAAUGUUUGACCAAAUUAUUAAUGCACAAGGCCUUUACUUUUUUUUUAGUCGGCUAAACUGUUUCUGUAAUGUAUUUUGGUUUACUUUUCCUUCCUUGAGAGCUUGACAAAGGUUUAAUUUGUAAAUUAGAUGUGAGGCUGGAUUACUUGAAUGCCAAUGGUGUACUUUUUACUAAAAGAUAUUUUGUGAAAUAUAGCACCAAGAUAUUAACUGUAAAAUAAACUUGUCAAAUUAGGAACUAUGGGGAUAAAUAAAGCAUAGCAGAAAUGAAGGGCUUGUAUAAUGAACUAUGUAACAUUCUCAGGAUGCUUUUAUCUUAAGAAUAUAAAGUUGUUUAAAAAGAUUUUGUAAAAUGUAUUAAGGUCAUUUUAAAUGUAUGUUUCGCAAGUUGCAGUGCAAACACUAUGAAGGUUUUUAUGCACAUAACCUGAAUUUUCAAAUUGUGCAAUAAAAAGAAUGUGAAUGUUUUGCCAUGAAGAAAUAUGUGACAGCAUUUCAAACUGGUACAGCUGUUCAGUGAUUCAAUUGUAAUUGUUCUUCCUUAACAGUUAGAGAUUGAACGUGAUUUCAAAACAGUUUAAGUGUAGUGAUGGACCAGAAAAGUGACUAGAAGUGACACCACCUAACAAAACAGACUUGCCCAAUGAGUAUGAGUUAUCUGCUCAGUGGCGGAGUUUCUAAUAUUCUUUAUUCUUAUGGAAGAAGGAAAACAGUGGAGUAAACAGUAGCACACUCCUUUAGAAUCAGCUGAAACCGUGACUUUGUAGCUGCUUUAUAUACAUGCAUCAGUUUUAUACACCCACUGAACUAACAAAGUUACAAGUGUGCAAAAAUCAUGGCAGUAUUAUGUAAUUAUGUCCUUGAUGUUUUGUCUUUAAAUACUUAUAUCCCAUUAGCUUUAAUUCUUCAAGCUCAAAUUUAUUGUACUGGCAAUCACAAAAAGCUGUUGUACCAUCUGCAAAUUGAGCAGAUUUUAAAUGCAAUUUGCCAAGACAUACAAUGUUGUCAUUUUUCUGAGUAAAGCUGCACUUUGAAAAAUCCUGGCAAAUUUAUGCUUAUACCAGAAAAGUACUGACCUUGACCAGGCAUUUUUAAUUAUGUUUUAAGUUACCAUAAGCUAUUCUCAAAACUAAAUUAUGUAAAAUCACAAUGUUUUUGCCACAUCUUUAUAAUCUUUCCAAUAAAUCCUGCAGAGACUUAACGUUCUAGAGUUCCAUUUUGCUGCUAUUUCAUUUACAAAUCAGUUGUUUGCUUGUGUACUGUUCAUUCAUGUUUAACUAUUGUAAGACAAAUGAUCAGUAGUUUUCUUGUAAUGAUGGAGUAAAAAUGAGUUCAAUUCUGUUUUAUGUGAAACUUUUAAAGGGACACUCUCAACUUUGAAUCUAGUCAUUGGAGAAGAACUGAACUCAGAACCUUCUGGCUGUUGUCCUUAACUUCCACUGACUCUUGUCCUCCAGCAAUUAAUGCUUUCUCCUUGUUGCUAUGCAAGUUACUCAAACUCGACGGUACUAGUGCCUAGAGAGGUCCCUGUCCUUAAAGUAGCCAUGUGCACAAAUUGAACAUUAAAUUUGGCUUUACCAGUGGUUAAUCAAUAAUACUUUAUUGUCCAGACAAAAUAAUUUAGCUUGUAGUUGAUAAUGUCCCUUUUAAAUAUCAUAGACUGAGAGCUGUGGCUUGUGUUUGUCUGUGUAGCAAUACAUAUGCUGUCAGAGUGUGUCAUUCUUGUGUUGCUGACUGUUUCCAUUACCUCAGAUAUAUGGUCCAAGUUCUUCAUGAUUACUUCAGCAACUUGUGAAAGCUAAAAUUCUGGCCAUCUGGGUACUUAAACUGGCUUGCUGUGUGACUUUACACCAGAAGAUACUCAGCUGGCAGCUGCUGUUGCAGGAUGUUGAUGGAGAAAGGUGGAAUCGAUGCAGAUUUUGUACCGUGCCAGGGUGGUGCAGAGUGAGGUUGUACAUGUUCUACUGCAUUUUAGGAACCUCAGAACCAGUUGCAGGAAAUAAACUAUGGAGUUAUCCUACACUAGGUACCCCCUUCCUAUUUAGAGCCCCUAGUGUUAGAUUAGAUGCAAUAGUUAUGAAAAAGCAACAGUGAUUAAGGGGAAAUAAGCUUGGAGAUUAUAUAUAUUCUCCAAGGUAAUUAUUUUCAAAUGUUUAUUUUUACUAAAAAUAGCCAAACCAUCGCUAAUAGCAGGUUCAGCACACUGAUUAAACUACUUUCUAUACAAUAAAGAUAUUGAUUUACCAAG